AUGUGUUCAUCAUGUAGCAGUGUCACUUCUACCACUACAAUGGAAACUAUUCUCCCACUACAUAUCACAAAGGUAUGAGUAAAUAUUACGAAUAAUUAAUUUUUUUCAUUUUACACGUCUGAAGACAGUCCCCAAAAAAAAUAUUUAAGUACACAAAAAAAUUAGUACCAGGCAGACCACAAUAAAAGUCAUUGAUCAUGUUUUUGCUAAUUCAACAAAAUAUAAUAAUUAUUUAAAUUUAAAAAAUUGAAUGUUGAAUGUUGACCCAAACCUGAAAACAGGAAAUUGUAACUUAGGAACCCCAUUUAAAUACCAUGUGAUCCUUUUUGACGCCAGAGCAGUGGUUUAUCCAAAGGAUGUUAACUACAUCUCACCUUCCAAUAUUAGACGCUGGGUGGAAAAACCUGCUUUUCAAUUCAAUUUACACACUGCAUUCCAAUUCUCUGCCCCCUUCCAUCCCUGAAAUGUUAUCAGCCUCCCCCGUGAGCCUCAAGAGGUUCUGUGAUACACGUAUUUCCAGUGGAUAUAUUAUUAAUUCUGGCGAGAUACAUUUUGCAGGUAAGAUGAUUCAAUGGGCCAAAAUUAUAUGUAUAAUUACCGGUGGCUAUUAUUCCAUCUUUUUCCUGUCCUAAUUAUUUUUUUGUUUCUUUAUUAAUUUGAAAGGGCUGUAUUGUACAGAGCUUCUUGAGGGAUUAUUCCCACCCAGUGGAACUGGAAUCAUCUUAUUAUUGUAGCAGGUAACAAAAGUGGAAGAAUAUUAAAUGUUCAACUCAAACACAAACCAACAUACACGAGCAAAAAAAAACACAAACAAGCAAAUUUUUAUGCUUAUCAAAAAAAUGAUUUAUUCAAAAAUGCAAAAGUAAUUCAACCUACAACUAUUUGCAUAUAGAAUUUAUGGCAUCACAAAUUGAUUAUCAAUAAACUUUUAAGAAACUAUUUACAUAUAAAUUUAUGACAUUAAAAAUUGAUUUAAAAGGAAGGCUUUCAUUUUAUGUUUUAAAAUGAUAAGAGAUUCAAUUAAUUUAAAAUGGGGUUUUAACGCAUUCCACAAUGUUACAGUUACCCUGUUAACCUGGCCUUAGGUACACACUACAUGGUAAUAAUCUGUUUGUCCUCGGGUAAAUGUUGAAUUAUUUCUCUUCCAUUUUUAUCCCAUCAGUUGCUCAAAAAGUACUGAUGCAUGGAAGAGGUUGCUCACAUGCCAAUCCCCUCUGUCAUUGUGCAUUCAGGUUGUAAGAUUUCAAAAUGAUGGUAAAAAGCUUGGCAACUCGAUAGAUUACAAGGAGAAAGUUUUUUUCCGGAACACCAUAACUCUUCAGACAAAGGAACCACAGCAACUGAUGUCUCAUAUCAACUGA